AUGGAUGAAUUAAAAGAACAGACAGAAGCCUUCAAAAUAAAAGUUCGUUGAUUUGAUUUUUUGUAUCUACACAGUCAAUAAAACGGAGUUAUUUUGAACCAAAAUUACAAUGUGCUUAGAAAAUAAAAUAAAUUAAAAUUGAAUAAAUACUGAAGUGAAAAUGGAAGAUUCAUAUACGGACAGCGAUGUUUCUAUGUCUCCUACACAAAUACUGGAACGGUUACAAGUUCUUCGACAAUUACAGUUAAUGCAACGCGGAAAGCUUAAGAAUCAGCGUUUGCAGUACCAGGAAUCUCCAGUAAGCUCAAACGUAACAGAAAUUGUGAGCCAUUUCAGCAAUAGUACUAGCUAUAACACUUUCCGAAGUUUGUUGCAUUCUUCUGAAGUAACUUAUGAAGAAACACCACGGCGCAACAGUGGUGAUAUGGCGCCCAAAGUAAAAGAAAAUGAUAUGAUUGAGGGAGUGACUGUUUUGAACUUAUCUCAAGAAUCAGAAUUUAUUGUGAAAUCUCCAGCUUCUACAAAAAGUUCGGAUUCGCACCUGAAGGUUGAUAAUGUGAAAUUGACACCAAAUCCUCCCUUCAGUAAUAAUAGUGUAAAAAUACACUCUGUACAAAGCAAACAAAUAUCACUGGAUGAAAUGCCAAUACUUUCUCCAAAAAAAGAUUUUGAAGGCUUAUUAAUGGAAAAACUUCACAACAGUAAAGAAGUUCCAGAUAGUAAAAGUCCAAAAUCCAAAAUUGUUCCAGGGAUAAUAAAAAAGCCUUUUCUGAAAAGAGGAGAAGGCACGGCUAGGUUUGGACUUAAUAAAAACGAUUUAAAAAUUCAAAACACACGCUCACUGCCCUGGAGGCGUAAAAGCUUUGAGACUAAAUGUUACCAAUCUCCUAUAAAGCAAAUUAAACAAAAUAAAAGGAAUGAAAUUAAAAAAGUGGCAGAUAAACCACAAAGUCUGUGUCUGAAGCCGGAGAUAUUAGUUAAGCAAAGCAAUUCUUUAAAACCAGAAAAUGUAGCACAUGAAAUGAAGAAAGAUAGCAUUAAAAGUCUUGUAGAAUCCAAUAUUUCUGAAAUUCAUACUAACAAAACAGGCUCUAACAAAAUAACUGAAAUACCAAAAGAAAAACACCCCUUUGUUGCAAAUAAAGGAAAGACAUGGGCCUCUGUUCUAACAAAUGAACAGAAUGACUUUUUGAGGCAACUUAAGCAAAGUGAAUUUUACAAGAACUUUGCUUCUCCAACUAAAAGCUCAGUAUCUGAUAUUAGUUGUAACGAGAGCUUAAUCAAUAUAAGACAGCAAAGAGAAGCAGCUGAGCAAAAUAUGUUUGAGCUUUUAGAGAACAAGGUCUCUCAUGAUAGUUUUACAUUAGAAAAUUCAUUUCUUAAUAAAUUUUUAAAACCCAAGAAUCUUGAUUCUUCUGGAGAAAGUACUCCUUUGGUCGUACAAAAGUUCAUAAUGAACAAUCCUGCUUUAAGGCAUAUAUCUGCAGGCUUAAGUCUACCAGAGGUUAGUAGUACAUAUACAGAAAUUGAUGUUGAUAGAUGUAGAAGCUAUGAUUGUACAGAAUGUUGUACUGACAAUUGUUCUUCUGUAUCAACUUGUUGCUCAUGUAAAGCUACUGAGCACACUGACGAUAAUACCUCUUGCAAAACAACUCCUGUACAAAUAAAACAGAAUCUAAAAUCAAAGGAAAAAAAGGUUGACAAAGAAAAAGCAGAUAGUUGUCAUAAUAAUGACACUGAACAUGACAUAAUGAAAAACAACUUAGUGGAAAUGAAUGCCAAAUUAGUAAACACAAGUGAACUAUUAAAAGAAAGGUUGCAGGAACUAGAAGGUGAAAUAGAAAUAUUUAGAAAGGAAAAUUCAAAUUUAGCAAAACUUAGAGAAGAUAUUGAUUUAGAGAGACAAAAGUUCUAUCAAGAAAAAGCUGCUUUUGAACAAAAGUUUAAUGAGGAGAAAAUUUUGUCUGAAUAUUACCUAGCUGAAGAAAAAGAAAAACUAACAAAACAAAAGCAAAUGUAUGAAAGAAACAUAAGAGAAAUCAGAGGCAGGUUUAGUAAAAAAGAAAAAGAUGAAGUAAUCAAUCUGAAAAAGGAAAUAGAAAGUCUCAAAGAAGAAAUAAGAGUUAAAGAUGCAAAAUCAACAUCAACCAUAGCUAGACUCCGAAAUCAAAUUAAGAUCAUUGAAAAAGAAAAAAAAGACAAGGAGACAACAAUAGAAAAAUUGAAAAAGGAAAAUAAAAGAAUUCAACAUAGCAAUGAUAUUACAAGGCGUUUAUCCAACAUGAAAUAUUUAGCUGAAAUAAAUAAAAAAUUAAAAAAUGUGAAUCCAAAAGAUAUUAGAUCUGAACCUGAUUUAGAUGAUGAUGCAAAGUAUAAAGAUUUUGAGAUAGAAAGACAAAGUAGAAAUAAAACUGCUCCAAUAGCCAAAAGUAAUACAAGACAAAGAGCUAAGAGUGUACCAAACCUAAAUGUGUCUUCAGCAUAUGCCAAAUAUUUCAGUCAAAGAGAUGCUCUUAGUCAAAUAGAACAAAAUCGGACAUUGAAUAAGGAUAAGAUCAAUAUAAGUUAUUCAGAUAAUGAUAAUGAUUUAGAGGAACUGGAAGAUGAACAAGUAUCUGACAUCCAAGACAAUCCAAAUGAAAAAUCCAACAGUGAAGGUGUAAAUAAUUUAGAAAAGAUUUAUUUGCAAACAUUUAGAUGUAACUCUCCAAAAAGCUUCAGGUCUAGUACAAGUUCUGUUGAUAGUAAUUCUAAUAUUCAAGAAAAAAGAGACAACAAUUUCAUUACCAAAUCCAAUUCUUUUUCAAAUUCAAUAAGAACUUCUAAAUCUCCAAAUUCAACAACUAGGACAUACCAGAACUACAGUACAAAUAGAAGUAAAUCACCAGUAUCUAUUUUGAGCAACAGAUCUCAAACUUCCGGUUACUCUCCUGAAAGCUGUUCAGAUUUUUUUGGAAUCAACGAAAAUCUUAGAACAAAAUCACCAAUAUCCACUAUGCUCAGCAAUCAUUCAUCGUUAAGAUCAGAAACAGUUAUUUUCAAUGAAAAGAGUGCAGAUGCUACAAAACAAACCAGUUCAUCUAGCUUGACAAAAACAAAUCUGAAUCCAAUGGAAAUUAAAAGAUCAGAUGGAUCACGGGAAUUAAGGUUUCCAAAUGGGAAUGUUAAACACAUAUCUGCUGAUGGUAAAUAUAGUAAAUUUAUUUAUUAUAAUGGUGAUGUCAAGGAGAAUUUUUACAGUGAUGGGAUAAUCAAAUAUUAUUAUGCUGAAACAAAAACAUAUCACACGACCCAUCCAGAUGGUUUGGAGGUGCUGGAGUUUCCAGAUGGUCAAGUAGAAAAAAGAUAUAAAGAUGGUUCCUCUGAAAUACGCUUACCGAAUGGCAGUAUCCGAUAUUUCGACCCUAAGAAUGAACAUGUUCGUGAGGAGUGGAGGUUCCCUGAUGGAGCUGCACUCACCAUUUCUGCUAGUGGGGAACAACGCAUCAUUUUUAGUAAUGGUCAAAUUGAAGUGCAUGCAGCAGAUCAUAAGCGUCGCGAGUUUCCAGAUGGUACUGUUAAGCUGGUAUAUCACGAUGGUACUUCUGAGACUCGCUAUGCAUCAGGACGUAUCAGAAUAAAGGAUAAACACGGAAGUUUGAUUAUGGACUCUGCACGGAAUUGAAUUCCACACUUAGUAUUAUACUCUGCAACCCGUUUAGUUGUAUAGGGAUAGUUGCUAAAGUGGAGAUUAAAAAAAAAUUUUGUAAAUGUUUUGCUAUUGACUAUGUGAUUAUUUGUAAAGUUGACUGGUGCCAAUUUUGUUUGUGAUGAAUUAUAUUUAUACAUUCAUUUAAAAAAUAUGAAAUUAAUUUUAUAAGGAAAAAUAUUUAAUAAAUGUUACUUAAUUGAA